AGUCUUCGUUAUGAGUCGACUUUCUGACGAUACACGAUCGUUUUCUAGGCGCAUUGCGCAUUGUUGUUGUUUCAAAUGUGCAAGUAUCUCCGUUCGACAAAUCGUGUCGCGUCAGUGUCGGUGUCGUGAUUUCGUGACCGAUGAAGUCUGUUACAUUCGCAACUACUGUGCGUGUCAGUGAUUUCGACGCUUAACAAUCAAAUAUUCAAGUUGAUCUAUGGUGAACCGUAUGCUUCGCCACGCUCGACGACCGUACAGGGAAUUGUAAAUACGAAACCCCCCGCCACAGCGAUCUAUCGAUCUACAUUCGUAGCGUAAUUUUCAUUCUCAACAUACGUUAACGUAUUUACACGUGUUCUGUUGAUCUGUACCGAUAGUGGGAUUCGAAAGCUGCGACACGAUCGCUUUGGAAUUUAACUUGAAACCGUUCCGGGGCCGUGGAGACAAUUGUGAACGGAAAUAUUCUUCGAUAGAUCGUGGUCUAUCUAUCGGUCGAUGAAAAGUGAUUGGUGAAGUGCGUAACAUUUAUGGAUGUCUAGUUAAAAUUCAAUCCGACAAGAGAAAAAAAGAGAACCACUUGGAAAGGAAUAAAAGAAUACUGGCAUUUUUAAAACUGUUGCGAGAAAACGACGAAUUGUCUCGAUGCCCGAGUGUACUAAUGUUGUAUGAUAGCAUGCAGUUCGCAUAUCGCUACACGUGGAACCGAGAGAUCAUUAUUAAUUCCCAAAAAUUGGUAAAAAGACGUUGAGCUAUAACGACUCGCGUCUAUACUUGGCGGACUUUUGGCUGCUUCCCGUUAAAAAGAAACACCGUACCGUGCUUCAAGAACAUUAUUUUUUACUUAAAUAUAUAUACAAAUAUAUAUUUUUUUCCUUAUUAUUAUAUACAAAUAUAUUGCUCUUUGAAUAAAAAGGUUCACGAAAACACGCUACACGUGAUAAUGGCUGCUAUAUGCUACAGCGAACCUUUUUCCGACUGGUUGGAGGAAAAGAUAGAAUUACCCAUUUUCGAGGAAUUACCAAGUCCUGAAAAUGGACAUCUUAAACCAACCACAUACAACGAAGUUACAAAGAUCCCUCAGCAAGAUGAUACACAAACACUACUGCAAGAAUUUGAAACUGUUCUGGGAGAUGUGGAAGCUUGCCAUCAAAUAGUCCCUACGUCGAGUUCCACGCUUACACCACCUCAAUCACCACCGCCACCACUUCAUAAACCAUUAAGCGUGGACACCCAAUUACUUAUUACCUUGCAACCUGUACAACCACUAUACUCCAAUCAUCAGUCCAUGUACGAUGUGGUGGUACCCGAAGAAAAAACGUACACUAAUGAAGUACCUGUACAGUGGAAUCCAAAAAACAUAAUGUUAGAUCCAUUAAACACAGACGUUGCACACGACUUAGCUGUGGUGGAUGAAUACGUGCGGUUGCAAACCGAGGAUAUUCCGCCAUCUAGUCCAUGCACCAGUUCAGGUGGUAGUUACACAUCGUCAGAAGAUUCUGUAGACGAUCCAGAUUGGAUUUUUGAAACUGAGAGAAAAUGUACAAAACAAUCAACUAGCUCCUCAGCCAGAAGCCGUCAAAAACCAUAUUCCCGUCCAUCCGUGGAAGACAAAAAAGUCCGAAAAAAGGAACAAAAUAAAAAUGCGGCUACACGUUAUAGGCAAAAGAAAAAACAAGAGAUCAAAGAAAUAUUAGGAGAGGAACGUGAACUCGCGGAUCAUAACGACAAAUUAAAGAAUCAAGUAAAAGACUUGCAGCGAGAAAUUGGGUACUUAAAAGGCUUGAUGAGAGACUUAUUUAAAGCCAAGGGUCUGAUGAAGUAAUCCAUUCACCCACCGCCGAUAUGUUUAAUCAUUUUUAUUAAAUUUAUUAAUCAUAUUUUUUCGACACUAACUAUUUUACAAUGGUCCUAAUAAUGUAUUUUAAUACAUAGACUUAGAUUACUGAUUGUUAUUCCCUCUUCUUUUUUAAUCUAGCAACAUAUUCAAACAUAAAUCUAAAGUCUAUCACAGCUUCUUAGUAGGACUACAGAACUAUCAUCGUGUAAUCCAUAAAAGUAUGCACCAUCUUCCGAUUUACCGAUGGUCCAUUAAGAUUAGCAAAUAAGAUGCAUUAUAUAACCAAAGAAUUUACGAAGUAUACAACCCUAUGAAACUCUGCUGAGUGGAAACUUGUUGUUGCUGAGAAUUCCGCGUGUCAUCUAAUGCAUCUUAAUGAUGCAAAUCUCUUCAUUCCAUGCAAUUCUAACCCAAUCAAGUUAUGAGUUUUCUUACAAAAAAAUAUUGUAUUAGAAAAAUAAUAAAUGGGUUAUUGUGUAAUAAACAACGACGUUAUUGUCAAAAACA